CUUUUUGAUUUUACCGGGAUACAUCGAUUUCACCGCAGAUCAAGUGUGGCCGACAUCAGACUAUGGUAUAAAAGCCAGAGGACCAUCCUGGGGAAGAUGAAGACCGCUGGAAAGAAGAGUGGUCAGAAGGCCAUCGUCCUUACCCCCAGGCAGAGAUGGGUCAAUAACAACCUUGGUUUUCUGACGAAGCACAUAGUCCAUCGGUCACAGGGCUGCCAACUGGGCCACCUCAGUGGCCGAAUUACUGAAGCCGCCUCCGACGAAGAGGGUUUAGAUGAGGAGGGUCCAGAUGCCAGCCAAGCACCCAGCUCCAACCAAGUCUCCAGCCAGGGGGCUGCACCUCCCAAGAAGAGGCAAAAGAGGGGGUCGCCCACCGAUGUGGACAAGGCCCUCCUGGAAUUCAUCAGAACAUCCACCGAGCAGACGGCCAUCCGGAGCCAGGUGGAUGCGGCACUCACCCAAGGCGCUGACGAGAGGCAGGCCUGGCUAGAAUGGAUGCUGCAGGCCGUCCGCCCACUCCCAAGACCCCUCUGGCGGCCGAGAGUUCACCAGGGACACUUUCAACUUGGUGAGCCGCUACCAGGAUCGGGCGGACCACCUUUCCACCACCCCAGUAUCUCGCCCCAGCACUCCCCAGAUGAUCCAGCCACUCAGGCCUCAGUCAGCGCCGAUCGGCUUCGCCCAGGACGCUCCACCUGCUUCCUUCCUUGGGAUGCUCGGGCCAAGCAGCACCUGGACCCCUCAGAACCCUCAGGGAGGAUUUCAGCAGCCCAAUUUACAGGCCCCCUUCCAGCAGCAGCGUGCCCCCUUCCAGCAGCAGCACCCCCACUUCCAGCAAAAACAGCAGGCCCCCUUUCAGCAGCAGCAGCAAGGAGGCAGCAACAGCGCCAACACAUCAAUCAUCACCCAGUUGAACUUGUCAGAUGAAGAAGAUGAACAGUGAACUUUUGUUAGGAUUGUUUUUAUUGUUACUUGACGAACUCUCUCAACUCAAAUUAUAAUUUGACUAUUUUGGAACAUUUAUUUCAAACUUUUUUAAACAUUUACUCGGUGAAUAGAAUUCAUUUUCGUUAACAAAAUGUCUUGGAAAAAAUAUAUAAUUUUUAAAACAACAUGAUUAAUGACAAUAUAAAAUUUGUUAUAUCUGUACAUCUUUUUUAUUCUCAUAAAUCACGUUUUUUCAAAAAUGUUCUUUUUUUUUUUUCAAAUACAUGCUAUUAAAGGAGAAUCAACGUUUAUUAUUUCAAACAUUUCAUUGUCAAAUAAAUUUUUGUUUAAAAUAAAUGUUGACAUGAUCAUUCAUUUCUUCUUUGAAAUGAUUCAUUCCACUAAAUCAAGGAGGCAGCAACAGCGCCGUCACAUCAAUCAUCAUCCAUUUGAACUUGUUAUACUUGUCAAAUAAAGAAAAUGAACAGUG